GUCGAAAAAACCGUUUUAAUAAAAAUUGGCACAGCAGAACUGGCGGGUUUUACGCUUAUAACGAUUUGUUGCAGGUUCGCCAACUCGGAAGCGAAAGUCACUGCUCUCGUUUCACAACUUGACAUGUACCCCACGAUAGAAAGAAUAUUUUAAUUUUCCGAAAACAACAAAAAGACACUUUAAUCGUUGUAACGUGACACAUUUUUUGGCGUUAAUUACAGAUUUUUGUCAUUUAUUUUAGAUAAUGUACCGAUUUAACUACUUUCUUCUCCAACACGCGCUACGAAGCGCACGAAAUGGGGUCAGACAGUACUCUAGAGAGCCCAGCCGACGGCAGACUUUCCUGUCUCGCUUGUACGACAACUUUCGGGAAGAAAUGGCUAAAAACAAGGAAAUGAAGGAGUCGCUGAAGAAAUUUCGGGAAGAAGCGGAGAAACUGGAGCAGAGUGAGGCGCUGAAAGCGGCGCGCCAGAAAUUCGAAUCUGUGGAGAAAGAAGCCAGUAAAGGCAGCGAAGUGUUCAAGGAAAAAAUUAGUACAAUUAAGGAGAAAGUCCAGGGGGUGAUAGACGAAGCGGGCAAGACUGAAAUUGUGAAAAAAGCGGGCAAAAUCUCGGAAGAACUGGGUAAAACGACGCACACCAUCAGCGAGAAGGCGCAGGAAAUCAGCAAAAGCGGGGCGUUUCAGAGUAUAUCACAGGCGACGAAGGCUGUGAAGCAGGAAAUCGACACGACUAGCAUGCAAGGGCGGGUGUACGUGAGCCCCCCGAAAUUGCGAAAACGCACGGAAAUCAACGCGGUGCAGCAGCAGAAGUUCUACGAGCCUAACGUGGACGCGACGGGGGUGGAGCUGCACAAAGACUCGCGGUUUUACCAGUCGUGGCAAAACUUCAAAGACAAUAAUCCCUAUGUCCAUAAAGUAAUCGAUUGGAAGCUCAAAUACGACGAAAGCGAUAAUCCCCUAAUUCGAGCGUCGCGGCUCUUGACUGACAAAGUCUCCGACAUUAUGGGUGGGUUGUUCCAGAAGACGGAACUGUCGGAAACUCUCACUGAAAUCUGUAAAAUAGACCCGUCUUUCGAUUCUAAAAGGUUUUUGAAACAGUGCGAGACAGACAUUAUUCCGAACGUGCUGGAGGCGAUGACGAGGGGCGACUUGGACGUUUUAAGAGACUGGUGUCACGAGGGGCCGUUUAAUUUGUUCGCCGUGCCGAUUAAAGAGGCGUACAAGAAGGGGUAUAAAAUCGAAUCGAAAAUUUUAGAUGUGGACAACGUGGAUUUGGUGAUGGGGAAGGUGAUGGAUCAGGGGCCUGUGUUGAUCAUCUCGUUCACGUCGCAGCAGAUGAUGUGUGUCAAGGAUCCGACGGGACAAGUCGUAGAGGGCGAUCCCGAUAAAGUAAUGAGGGUUGCCUAUGUGUGGGUCUUGUGUCGGGAUACAGGCGAACCAGACCCCAGAGCGGCGUGGAGGUUGUUAGAUUUGUCGGCCAGUAGCAACGAGCAGUUGGUGUAGAUUAGUAUAUUGUUAUUUAUUGCUUCAAUGAAGGAGUCUUUCACUAUUAAUUCCUUUAUUCAAGUAACAACAAAUUUGAAUUGUUUAAGAUUCAAAUGGCGCUGUACAGAUUUGUUUUUCUGUUGUACAGGAAAGGUGUAUAAUUUAUAUAAAUUUUUUUUCAUAAA